AUGUACCCCAGGGUUAAGAACCUCGCUCUUUACGCCAUCUCAGCCACGCUGCUGGCCUGCGUCUUCUACAUGAGGAAAGAGGCAAAGCUGGCAGCGGCGUCAGACGGGAAAGGGGAUGUCGGGAGUCAGAAACCAACGUCUUUGAUUCCAGGCAGUGCCCAACUCAGCAAGUGUUUGCCAGACUUGGCCGUCGCCAAUUCUUCUCUCGCCCUCCCAGAGCUUCACCGCGUCUUCUUAACGUACAAGCACUGCUGGAACUUCUCGGCCCUGCUGAAGCCUUCCAGGAGUAGCAGAGAGACAUUCCUCCUGCUGGCAAUCAAGUCUUCCCCCAUCAACAUAGACCGGCGAGUGGCAAUCAGGAACACGUGGGGGAAGGAGGUCUCCAUUGGCAGCAAGCGCAUCAGGCUGGUAUUCCUUCUAGGGCGCUCGGAGGCCAAAAUCCAUGUGCAGCCCCUGCACCAGCUGCUGGCUUACGAGAGCCAGGAGUUUGAUGACAUCUUGCAGUGGGAUUUUGUUGACAACUUCUUCAACUUGACCCUCAAAGAGCUGCAUUUCCUCCGCUGGUUCAUGGAGGACUGCCUGCACGCCAGGUUUGUGCUGAAGGGCGAUGACGAUGUCUUUGUCAACACUUACAACAUUGUUGAGUUCCUGCAAGAACUGGACCCUGAACAGGAUCUCUUUGUUGGGGAUGUGAUCACCAACGCCCGGCCCAUCCGGAACACCAAGGUCAAAUACUUUAUUCCAGAGUCCAUGUACAGAGCCCCCUUCUAUCCUCUCUAUGCGGGUGGAGGGGGCUACGUGAUGUCUAGAGAGACAGUGCGCCGCCUGCGAAGCACCGCAGAGGGCUUGGAGCUCUUCCCGAUAGAUGAUGUCUUUGUGGGAAUGUGUCUGGCAGAGAUGGCGGUGACCCCAGUGAAGCACGCUGGCUUUAAGACUUUCGGGAUCCAGAGACCUUUCAAUCCUUUUGAUCCGUGCUUGUACAAAGCGUUGAUGAUUGUGCACAAACUAAACCCGACCGAGAUGUGGAUCAUGUGGACGCUGGUGAAGGAUGACGGCAUUAAGUGUGCGGUGUCAGUGACGCACAGCUACAGAAGGGGUUGGAAGAGAAGCUACUGA